UUUAGCAAGUGCUAAUAUCCAUAGCUAAUCCCUAUCUAAUUUUGAGCUAGAGAAGUUCUUUCAUUAAAAGUUGCAGCCUACACAGAUAAUUGAUUUUAUUUUCUUUUUUUUUUCCCCUUUAAAUGGCAGCAUUUUGACUUUUCACCUACUAUUUCCAAAUGGGGUUUACUUUUUCUCAACUGGAUAAAAACAGAUACACUUUUUUGGUCAAAGAAGAAAGGCUGUGUAGAUAACAUAUUGUAGUUCUUGAAGAUAUAAAGAAGAGUGUCACAGCUAUUGAGAAAAGCGUGCUUAUUUUGAUCAUCAAAUGGCUGAAAUUAUUGGCCCUAGAUUGUACAGUUGCUGCAAUUGUAAGAAUGAAGUUGCACUACACGAUGACAUCAUUUCUAAGGCUUUUCAGGGAAGAAAUGGUCGUGCAUUUUUGUUUUCUCAUGCAAUGAACAUAGUCGUGGGGCCAAAAGAGGAUAGACAGCUAAUGACGGGCCUCCAUACAGUUGCUGAUGUCCAUUGCUGUGACUGUCGUGAGGUUCUUGGCUGGAAAUACGAACGAGCUUAUGAAGAGACGCAGAAGUACAAGGAAGGGAAAUUCGUGCUUGAGAAGUCAAAGAUUGUCAAGGAUAACUGGUAGUGCACCGUGAAGUCUGAAAGUGUGUGGAUGCUAAUACAUGUUAAUCUUGUUAAAUCAAUUCUCAUCAAUUCAAAAUGUCAAUUCAUUGCUCUGUAAAUUUCUUAUGUUUAUUGUCCAAUUGGAUUGAACAUCUUGAACAAUCUUGUAAAUAUUUUAUCUCCAAAAUCAUAAUUUGUUAAUAUCACAAAAUUAUAAUA